AUGGCAUCAUUAAGGAGAGUCAAGAGCUUGUUCAACAUACACAAUAGCAGUCUCAACUCGUUUGUUAAUAGACAACCUCAACGACUGAGGUGGGCUCAUGCUUCACCAAGGUUGAUGCAACCUGAGGGAGGUCUGCAAACUCAAAUACGAUGGAUUGGUGAUCGGUUCACCAUCAACAAAACUUCAGAUGGGCUCAGUGCCAUCGUUGACAAAAGGCCCUACGACUUUGGUGCGACAAACUUUAUGACAAGAGACGUCAUGAAGCAGCACAUCUGGGCCAUUUUGGCUCUAUAA